GAAGGAGCUGUUCUUUCAGCACUAUGGAGAAUUGCAAAUAUUCUGGCUAUCUUGCUGAUGAUGAGAGCUUCAGAAGACCUCAGGACAGGCAUGUCCACACCAGUCCAAGAAGAAGCCCCUGCGACUGGAGAACCAUGCCGAGGCCCCCAUCUCGCUGCCAGUUCCGAACCCAAUGUUCGCCCUCCUCCACCAGGACUUUCAACAGCUUCUCCCGAGCAGACCAAGGGAAACGGAAACGCCGCCAGAGCAGCAGCAGCAGCAGCAGCAACGGGAGAACCAUUCACCUGGCCAACGAGUUUUCAGAGUUUGUGGACUUCUUGGCCGACGAGGAGGUCUUGGACAGCCUUCAGCUGAUCGUGGAAGACGCUGUCCGGAAACUUCGUGACGUGACAACCCAGAGCGGGGAACCCGUGUUCGGCGUCCAAGAGGACUCCCCUUCAAGCGUGGACAGCGAGUCGUGGUCUUAUUCCUACAGUUCAACGUGUUCCCGGGUCAAGUAUCAAACCACCGCCACGUCCAGCUCUGAGGAUGACCAGGAGAAGCGCUUCGUGAAGGGAGGGCAGUCAAAACCAGGGGGCAAAGUAUCUCUCCUGGAUAAGUAUAUAGCCAGGCUGCCCAAAGCUGGAAAGAAGGCUGAGCAGGAACUGUCUGGAGGAAUCCACACGGAGUCGUUUUCCGAACGGUCCGGAGACAGCUUCUUCCAGCUAGAGCACCUGCACGUGUGGGCCAAGUUAGCCGAGUCAUUUGGAGAGCGCCGGCAGGAUUAUUUUGCCAGCCUCAGGAAGGCCCUUUCCCAUGAAUCGUUUUCGCUCGACUCCCUCCACAAGGAAAUCACCAGCGUCUUGAAGCGGCCGACCCCGCGCUGCAUCCCGCUGUAUUACACCUGCCAAGAACCCUUUCAGGCUUUGGAUUUCUUGGAAGAGAACAAGAUCCUCGCGGCGCUCCAAGAUAUUAUCAACCAGGCGGUUCUCAAAGUCCUGGAGGCGACCAUGACGGACGGGAUCCCUUUCGUGACGCUGUUCGACGAGCGAGGGUAUCCUGUGAUGCCGUGGGAGUUGUCGGAGGAGGGCAGUGGCUCGGAAGGCUCCGGGAGCGGGGAUGAAUCUUCAGGGGAGGGCGAAGAAGAAACUAUCGAUGGGAAGAAGAGGAAGGGGAAGAAGAAGAAGAAGGAGUCGGGGGGUGAGCAAGGCCAGUCCAAAUACGCCCCGCCCCACCUCCCCAAAUCCAAACAGAAGUCAAUCCCUCCGGAGGAGCCCGCUCGCAAGCCCAAGUACACCCCGCCCCCCUUCCCCAAAACGAAGCCGAGGGCACCCCCCGAGGAGCCCCCGCCCAAGCCGAAGUACACCCCACCCCCCCUUCCAAAACCGAAGCAGAAGAAGCCGGAUGCGAGCCAGACCGAAACCGAGACCACCAAAUCGACUAUUCUUACAAAGGACAUCAUCACUCGGAAAGAUAUUAAACGGGCCCGUCUGCAGGCUCGGCCCCUUCCAAAGCAGUCGAUCAUCGACUUUUUGAUCGAAAACGCCGCGAAGCUGAUCUUGUACAAGUUCAAUUAUGAAACCCUUCUCGCCGAGAAGCUGGGCUUCAUCUCGGUCCCGGUCACCAAAGUGCUGCUGGAAAUCAUGUUCGGCUACAAGAAGGUCAAGGGCAGCGGAAUCCGUCUCUCUUCUCAGAUUGACUGGACAAAAGUCUACGAUGAGGUCUACAAGAAGCGGCCCCCCAAGCCCAAAGUGCCAAAACCGGAGGAGAAGAAGAAGAAGAAGAAGAAGGGUGGGGACAACAACAAGAAGAAAGAUGGAGACAAGAAGAAACCAGACGAGAAGAAGACCGUGCUCUUAAAAUCACCAGAAAUGCCAAAAGGAAAAGUGGUCAUGAUGAAGCUGCGCGAGGGCACUGAGUCCAACAAAACGGGAGGCCCAACUUCCAUCACUGCGCAGGGGGAACCAGACAUUUUUGAGAUCGUCCCUCCACAAUUUCCAGCCGAUGCCGAACAUGACCAGACCUCUGCGGAUGAGAAUGGUUUCACCUACCCGUCAAGCUCAAGGCCCUUGGUUCCUACAAGUCCUGAAAGCAUGAAGGCCUCAAAUCCCAGGAAAUCGGGAGAUCCUCCUCUGGAGGAGUCUUCUUCAGCCCUGGGCACUCCAAGGCAUUCCAAAUCAUCCCGAAAAACCAGCACCGCCCCUCAGAGUAAUCGAGGGUCUACUGGUCGGUUACCAGGGGUGGAAUCGGCCGGCCAGCUGUCUGACACUCAGGUGAAGAAAUCCGUUUCUCACAGGUCUAGCUUUGCUGGAGAAGGGAGCAAGACCGUUCUGCCUAAAAUCUGAAACUCAACUUCUGUCUGAUUAAUAAAGGACAGACAUUUGUAUAACUCAGAUAAAUGCCCUCCCCUCCGCU